AUGGCGCACUCGACAAAUCUGGGCUCCAAUGGGGCUCAUUCACAGGCUUCACUGCCGUCUCUUCCGGCCCAUCUGCAGUCGGAUACGCACUUGACCGCACACUUGGCCAGUCGCUUUCACCUGUCUUUACCUACGGCUCAGCUUUCGUCCCAAGCCUUGGUUGCGCUGAACACCUACACGUCGUCGACUCAGGGACCGGAUGGCGGCCCCGAAGGUAGUGCUAUGGGAGCCGCCGAUGACUUGGCCCAGAGAAUGUUUGCUCGCCUCGGUGCGAGGGGAGAAAACCAGGCUGCAGUCUUCCUCGGCGAGUCCGGGUCCGGAAAGACGACCAUUCGUUCCCACCUGCUCACCUCACUCUUGGGCCUCUCUUCCACUCCACUUUCCACGAAGCUCUCCUUUGCCGCAUUCCUCUUCGACACGCUCACUACAACCAAAUCGGUCACGGCACCGACCGCGUCAAAGGCUGGUCUUUUCUUUGAAUUGCAGUAUGACACGGCCUCCUCCGUGCACCCAACCUUGAUUGGAGGAAAACUCUUGGACCACCGAUUGGAGCGCACCAGAAUAUCCAAAGUUCCUACGGGCGAACGCAGCUUUCAUGUGCUUUACUACCUUCUUGCCGGCACGAGUCCGGCGGAAAAGACUCAUUUGGGAUUGGACAGCGGCUCAACGGGAGGCCCUGGCCACCGAGCGUCGCUCUCGAAUCAGAAACGAUGGCGGUACCUGGGCCACCCCACUCAGCUCCGCGUUGGCAUCAACGAUGAGGAGGGCUUUCAGCAGUUCAAGACGGCCUUGCGGAAAUUGGAGUUUCCUCGCACCGAGAUUGCCGAGAUCUGUCAGGUUCUAGCCACCAUCCUCCAUAUCGGACAGCUCGAGUUCACUGCUAGCCAGGCCACUACCCCGGCGCCCGAUCAGAGUGGAGGUUAUUCGCAUGAAGGAGGAGAGACUGUGACGACCGUCAAGAACAAGGACGUUCUUGCAAUCGUGGCGGCGUUCUUGGGGAUUAGCACGUCCGACAUGGAACAAUGUUUCAGUUACAAGACCAAGACGCUGCACCGAGAGCGAGUCACGGUCAUGCUGGAUCCUCAGGGCGCACGAGAGAAUGCGGAUGAGCUGGCACGAACCCUUUACUCGCUUCUGGUCGCAUACGUCAUGGAGAGUAUCAAUCGUCGGCUUUGUGCGGAAGAAGAAACGGUUGCCAACACCAUUUCUGUAGUCGAUUUCCCAGGCUUUGCCCAAGCAACCUCAACUGGCUCCGUCCUCGACCAGUUGCUGAAUAAUGCUGCGGCGGAGUCACUUUACAACUUUUGCUUGCAAAGCUUCUUCGACCGCAAGGCAGAGCUCCUCGACAGUGAAGAGGUUGGCGUUGCGGCGACCAGCUACUUUGACAAUUCCGAUGCCGUAAAGGGUCUGCUCAAAGCCAAUAAUGGCUUGCUCUCUAUCCUUGAUGACCAAACUCGCCGCGGCAGGACUGAUUACCAGUUUCUCGAAAGUAUCCGCCGGAGAUUCCACGACAGAAAUCCCGCGAUUUCUGUUGCUGCCGGUACGACCACAUUGCCGGGAAGCAAUUUUGCCUCUCGGAACGCGGCCGCGUCUUUCACCGUCAGGCAUUUUGCCGGCGAGGUUGAGUACCCUGUCAAUGGACUGUUGGAGCAGAAUGGCGAAGUGAUCUCGGGCGACUUGAUGAACCUGAUCGGCUCGACGAGGAGCGAUUUUGUUCGCGCCCUUUUUGGCCAGGACGCGCUGAAUGCCGUUCGUCACCCGCAGGAGAAUGCCGCGAUCAUGCAAGCCUCUGUCAGCUCGAAACCAACGCGAAUGCCCAGCAUGGCGAGACGAAAGGCUGGGGCACCGGGCAGGACGGGUACCCAGCGCUCCGUAAGGGAGGAUAUAUACGAGGAGAGCGUCGAGUUGAACGCUGCGAGCAGCAUGACCUCAAAGUCGAAAAAGAGCCGGGACGCUCUCGCUUUUGGUGAACAAUGUGCCGCAGCUCAAUUCCUCUCGUCCAUUCAGAAUAUUCAGCGAUCUCUCACUUCCUUGAAUACGAACCCAUAUUUCGUGUUUUGUCUAAAGCCAAACGAUCGACGUAUUGCCAAUCAAUUUGAUAGCAAAUGUGUGCGGACACAGAUGCAGACCUUUGGCAUCGCUGAGAUUAGCCAACGCCUUCGAAGCGCAGACUUUUCCGUCUUUUUGCCUUAUGGCGAAUUUUUGGGACUUGCAGAGGCAGAGGCAGUCGUUGUUGGCAGCGAGAGAGAAAAGGUUGAAAUGGUUCUCGACGAUAAAAAAUGGCCCGAGAAUGAAGCACGUGUCGGAAGCACUGGGGUCUUUCUCAGUGAGCGCUGCUGGGCUGAGCUGGCACGAGUCGAUCUCAAAGGCCUUGAAGCGAGCCGCUAUCCUGGUCCUCAAAUUGGUGAAGAUGGUGGCGAUGGUCUUUUGACCCCCCAUGAUGCCUAUCGGGACAAUUUUGGUGAAUCCAAGGUUCACCUCAUCUCUCCCCAAGGCACAAAUUCGCCGUCUGGAGGAAGCCCCUUUGCCGAUCAUCCCGCUGGUGGUUACUUUGGAAGUCGAGAUAUUGAUGCUCGAUCUGAUGCUGGCGCUUCAGCCUUCAACUCUGGCGACAUGUUCCGUAACUUUGAGACCCGCGAUCAAAUGGCGGAGAAAGGCAACGAAAGAAAUAUGGAAGAGGUAGAUGAUGUUCCCACCUCUGGUAGUCGGAAGCGGUGGCUCUUCCUCGUCUACUGCGUGACGUUCUUUAUUCCCAACUUUCUCAUUCGGUGGGUGGGCCGAAUGAAGCGGAAGGAUGUGCAGCUCGCUUGGCGUGAAAAGUUUGCCAUUAAUCUCUUGAUUUGGCUUUCUUGUGGCGGUGUUAUCUUCUUCAUCGUAUUUUUCCCGGGUCUUCUUUGCCCAACCCAGCAUGUGUAUUCUGCCGCUGAGCUGACUUCUCACGAUGGCAAACAUGGUCACAAUUCUUUUGCCGCUAUUCGUGGGCAGGUGUUUGACCUUGGCGCUUUUAUUCCUCAGCAUUAUCCCACAAUCGUGCCCGGUUCGGCGUUGCAAAAAUAUGCCGGCCUUGAUGCGACGAGUCUUUUCCCCGUGCAGGUGUCCGCGCUGUGCAAGGGUAAAUAUGGAUCGAUUGAUCCUAGCGUUCAGUUGGAUUAUACGCCUACAAACGCGUCUGGUGUGGCAAACACCAUCAGCACAACGGACACGAACUGGCGCUACCACGACUUCCGGUCAUUUACUGACGACCCUCGUCCAGACUGGUUUUACGAACAGAUGCUUUAUCUCAAGGCCAACUACAAAAAGGGAGAGAUCGGUUACACCCCUGAAUACUUGAAGACUAUGGCAAAGAAGCAAAAGUCCAUUGCGAUAUUGAAUGGCAACAUCUACGAUUUUACAACCUACCUUCAAGGGGGUCGACCCAACAAAGUCGCUCCUGGACAGACCGUUCCGAACACCCCCAACGCAGAUCCCAACUUCAUGAAUCAGCUUGUCGUCAAUCUUUUUCAGCAAAAGGCUGGUACUGAUGUUACUGAAUAUUGGAACAAGCUGGACCUUGAUGCCGAGACCCGGUUUAACAUGCAACGGUGUCUAGACAAUCUAUUCUAUGUUGGCAAGAAGGACACCAGAAACUCUGCCCGCUGUCAAUUUGCGCAGUAUUUUAUUCUCGCUGUCUCAAUUUUCAUGGCUUCUGUUGUCGGAUUCAAAUUCUUUGCUGCUUUGCAGUUUACGAGAAAAAACUUUCCGGAAAACUUGGAUAAAUUUGUCAUUUGUCAGGUUCCAGUUUAUACGGAAGAUGAAGACUCCCUUCGAAGAGCAAUUGAUUCGUGCGCUCGCAUGCGAUAUGAUGACAAGCGCAAAUUGCUCGUCGUCAUUUGCGACGGAAUGAUUAUUGGUCAAGGCAACGACAGGCCGACUCCACGGAUUGUCCUGGACAUUUUGGGCGUCUCGGAAUCAGUUGAUCCUGAACCGCUCAGCUUUGAGAGUUUGGGCGAGGGUCAGAAGCAACACAACAUGGGCAAGAUUUAUUCUGGACUCUACGAAGUGCAAGGUCACAUUGUUCCAUUCCUGGUCAUUGUCAAGGUUGGAAAGCCUUCUGAGGUAUCAAGACCUGGUAAUCGUGGCAAGCGUGACUCUCAGAUGGUUAUGAUGCGCUUCUUGAACCGAGUACACUAUAAUUUGCCCAUGGCUCCAAUGGAACUAGAAAUGUACCAUCAGGUUCGGAACAUCAUUGGAGUCAACCCGACAUUCUACGAGUAUAUGCUUCAAAUUGAUGCCGAUACCGUCGUGGCGCAGGACUCGGCAACUCGCAUGGUCUCGGCCUUCCUCAACGACACUCGUUUGAUUGGUGUUUGCGGUGAGACUGCCUUGAGCAACGCCAAAUCUUCUUUUGUCACCAUGUUGCAGGUCUACGAGUACUAUAUUUCUCACAACCUCAUCAAGGCAUUUGAGAGCUUAUUCGGCUCGGUGACAUGCUUGCCCGGUUGCUUCACCAUGUAUCGUAUUCGAGCUGCAGAGAGUGGCAAGCCAUUGUUUGUCAGCAAGGAUAUUGUCCAAGAUUAUUCCGAGAUUCGCGUGGAUACGCUUCACAUGAAAAACCUUCUUCACCUCGGUGAGGAUCGGUACCUUACUACCUUACUGCUCAAGUACCAUCCGACAUUUAAGACCAAGUUCAUAUUCAAAGCCAAUGCAUGGACUAUUGCGCCAGACACCUGGGCCGUCUUUUUGUCGCAAAGACGUCGUUGGAUCAAUUCGACGGUGCAUAACCUGGUCGAGCUCAUCCCGUUACAACAACUGUGUGGUUUCUGCUGUUUCAGUAUGCGAUUUGUCGUGUUCCUCGAUCUUCUCAGUACCCUUGUUCAGCCUGUCACUUGCGCCUACCUGAUUUAUCUCAUUGCUCGCAUCAUCCAAAAACCGACCGGUGUCCCUAUUACGUCCUUUGUCCUUUUAGGUGCCAUUUACGGUAUGCAGGGAGUCAUUUUCUUGCUUCGACGCAAGUGGGAAAUGAUUGGUUGGAUGAUUCUCUACAUUCUCGGCAUGCCAGUCUUUUCUUUCCUUCUUCCGCUGUACGCCUUCUGGCACAUGGACGACUUCUCAUGGGGUAACACGCGUCUUGUCACUGGAGAAAAGGGCCGCCAGGUAGUCAUUUCCGAUGAAGGGAAGUUUGAUCCUGCUUCCAUCCCGAAGCGCCGCUGGGAAGACUAUCAGGCAGAGCUAUGGGAUGCCCAGACUGCCCGCGAUGACUUGCAAUCUGAAGUCUCUGGAUACUCGUACGCAACGAAUUCAAAGAGCUUCGUGGGUCUGCCAGCAGCUUCUCCCUCUGAAAAUGGUGGCUGGUAUCCUCCUUCUCGACCCAUGUCGCAGUUGGAAGUCCCCCGCGUGGCGUCAAGGAUGUCGUUUGCCCCGUCCGAGGUCAUGUCUCGCAGCCCUGGUCUAGAAGGAUACCAGGAUGUUGAAAUGGCCGAUUUGACCAACCUCCCGAGUGACGACAUGCUACUUGCGGAAAUUCGAGAGGUUCUUCGAACCGCUGAUCUCAUGACGGUGACAAAGAAGAGUAUCAAGAAUGAAUUGGAAAGACGAUUUGGAGUCAAUCUGGAUCCAAAGAGGGCAUAUAUUGGGUCUGGUAAGUGGUGCUUCCUUGACUGUUGUGCUUUGCCUCCUCCCAUUAGACAUUUGACUGACUUUUUGUCCUUUUUAGCCACGGAAGCCAUUCUAUCUGGCCAGCUCUGA